UGGCAGGCCCUGUCACCACAACAGAACCAGGGAGCUGCUGCCGCCAGAACUGGGAUGGAAAUAGAGACGGGGCAAGUAGCUCUAGUGUUCCAGAUUAUGGCACUAUGUUCAAGAUUAGGCUUUAAUUUGGGGGCCUGAGAGACAGGUGAGCCUGCAGAGGUUGUGGGGAGAAGACCUGAGAGAGGUUGAGUAGGAAGAAGCCCAGAGAAGUAGCCGCAACAUGUAGGUCUGAGCAGACCGGGGCUACUGGUUAUAGGAUCCCCCAGCUGGAACCUGCAUUUCCCUACCAGCCACUGGGAUGGUGACACAGUCUGAACAAGGGGACAAAGGAUGACUGGAACCCCUGAGCGUAGGGCGUGCAAGGACCACUGGGCCCAGAAUUGGGGCCAAAGAUCUGAUAUAACAACACUGAAUCUCUGUUGGUGGGACUUUGUUACUCCAGAAAUUAUGACAUGGCUGGAGGACCCAGUCGUGGGAAGAGGCGGACCACCAGAGGACCAGAGAGGCCGUCAGCAGGGGACACUAGAUGUGGAGAGCCACUAUGCCACACCUGGCCCCGUGGAGGCCCUCUAGCAGUAAGUCUCAACUGCGCCCUCUAGGGGCUACUGUAAUAUACAUGAUGACCAUGAUGAAGGUCAGGGACUGGCCUGUGGCCCAGCACGAUUGGCUGCAGGAUGAGAAUGGAGAAGGAAAGCAGGAGCUGAUCGGUUCCCAGAGCAGAGGCAGCACAGGCAGCAACGGGGUGAACUUCCUGUAUACGGCCCUGCCAACAUGCAUCAGCCCUGUGCUGGGGAGACCCUUCCUAAGGGCAAGAGGAGAUGGAGUUCAGUGACCAUGGGCCAUUCAAUCCCUGGCCCGUCUACUGAGAAAGCUAACAAGGGUGCCCGUGUUGGCAGACACCUGCCUCCUAUGAACUGUGCUCAAUUCAAAUACGCCACCAAAUAGCCAUUAGAUGUGUAAUGGUCCCCUCCUGCCCCAAAAGGGGGUCUGUGGAGACUGAACCCCACAGCGUUAGAUCCAAGACAUUGGUCUCUGCCACGUCAGCUAAAGGAGUAACUCCACUGUGUGGUAGCAGUAGAAGGCUUUUAUCUCUAUGGAUCAGGCACUGGAGGAAGACAACACACUUAGCCAGCAUGCUACCCAUACUAACAUCUUCUAAUCUUCUUUGACUGGAUUUGAAACAGUGACAGUUAAGCUGUCUGGAGUGGCUCCAGGCAGCACGAGUGCCAACUCAGGGCAGACUGUUGAGCAGGGCACACAGCACAAAUUGGCUACGAGUUCUAUACUUAGGUUUCACCAAUCAAGUGUGAGCUCCUCAGGCAUUACAACAGCCUUAACUUAGAGUCACAGACUGUCCCCUUGGGGACUCCGAUCUAUCUUGCUACCCAGGUCCUGGUCUCCAGUGUAAACGAAGCCAGAGGAACCUGAGACAAUGAAAAAGCACGUUUGCAUGCAAGGUAAACAAAACCAUCAGGCGAGCAAGCGGGGGAAGAUGACCAUGGAGCACCCCUCCAACGGGGGAUGGAGGUGGCACCCCCAGGAACAACUGAGGCUUGUGGUGGAGGAAAACUACGACUGGUGACUAUUAAAAUGCAAAGCAACAACUGAACUUUGGGAAGAUCUAGGCUGAGGCAAAAGCCAUUUUGUCACCCGUGACUGAGGGGGAUGCGACAGGUGCGACACCCUUCAAGCUGAUCAGAGUUGGGACACCUAGUCUGGAGGACCAGGGAUGCUGAGAGCUUGAGAGCGGCUCCCGCAGGUGCUGUGUCGUUCAGCGUGAAGCACACGGCCGGGGUUCAAGUUGAAGUCGUUACCGAUGACCAAUCGCAGGUGGCCCCCGCCAACGGAGGGAAGCAGUGGCCUCUUGACCACAAGACGAUCCUGAAACUCAGCAUGAACAAAGCCAGUACAGAGGCCAACGACAACAAGGUAACGGUGAACUAUUACGGCGAGGAUGGAGGGCCGCCCAUAGACCAAGCUGGUGUCUUCCUGACAGGCAUUGGGAUCUCUCUGGACGUCGACGCAGAUCGCGACGGAGUGGUCGAAAAGAACAACCCGAGGAAGGGAACCUGGACAUGGGGCCCAGAUGGGCAAGGAGCCAUCCUGCUGGUGAACUGCGACAAAGACAACCCUUUUAUCUCUGGACUGGAUUGCGACGAUGAAAAAAUAUUCAGCAAAGAAGAUUUGCGGGACAUGUCUCGGAUGAUCUUGAGAACCGAAGGCCCCCAACGACUGCCUGCUGGGUAUGAAAUGGUUCUCUACAUUCCUAUGUCUGACUCUGACAAAGUAGGAGUCUUUUAUGUGGAGAAUCCUUUCUUUGGUCAGCGUUACAUCCAUGUCCUGGGUAGGAGAAAGCUUUAUCAUGUGGUGAAAUACACAGGUGGAUCUGCAGAGCUGGAGUUCUUCGUGGAGGGUCUCCGCUUCCCAGAUGACACCUUCCCUGGGCUGGUCUCCAUCAACAUCAGCCUUCUAGAGUCAUUAACUGAGGGGAUUCCACGGGCUCCGAUUUUCAUAGACACGGUAGUUUUCCGAGUUGCUCCGUGGAUAAUGACUCCAAACACCUUGGCACCGGUCAACGUUUUUGUAUGCAGUGUGAAGGAUAAUUAUCUUUUCCUGAAGGAGGUGAAGAGCUUGGUGAGCAAAGCCAGUUGCGACCUGAAGGUCUGCUUUGGGUACAUGAAUCGUGGAGACCGCUGGAUGCAGGAUGAAAUCGAGUUUGGCUACAUACACGCUCCUCACAAAUGCUUCCCUGUGGUUCUGGACUCUCCCAGAGAUGGGGGCCUGAAAGACUUCCCCAUCAAAGAGAUUCUGGGCCCGGACUUUGGCUACGUGACCAGGGAGCCUCUGUUCGAGGUUGUCACCAGUCUCGACUCCUUCGGCAACCUGGAAGUCAGCCCUCCGGUGACCGUCAACGGGAAGGCGUAUCCCCUGGGGAGGAUCCUCAUUGGAAGCAGCUUCCCCACAUCUGCUGGGAGGAGGAUGACCAAGGUGGUGAGAGACUUCCUCUAUGCUCAGCAAGUCCAGUCACCUGUGGAGCUCUACUCUGAUUGGCUGACCGUGGGUCAUGUGGAUGAAUUUGUGACCUUUGUGCCCCUUCCUGACAAAAAGCAAUUCCGGAUGCUCAUGGCCAGCACGUCGGCCUGCUACAAGCUCUUCCGAGAAAAGCAGAAGGAGGGCCAUGGGGAAGCCACCAUGUUCAAAGGUUAUUCUGGGACAGACACAAAACGGGUCACCAUUAACAAGGUCCUGUCCAAUGAGGUCAUGGUGCAGGAGAACCAAUACGUACAGCGCUGCAUUGACUGGAACAGAGACAUCCUCAAGAAAGAGCUGGGGCUGACUGAAAAAGACAUCAUAGACCUCCCAGCGCUCUUCAAGAUAGACAAGAUGGGCAAAGCCAUGGCAUACUUCCCCAACAUGGUGAACAUGAUUGUCCUAUGUCGAGACCUGGGAAUCCCAAAGCCGUUCGGGCCAAUCAUCGAGGGAGAUUGCUGCUUGGAAGCACAUGUCCGCUCUCUGCUGGAGCCACUCGGGCUGAUGUGCAGCUUCAUCGAUGACAUUUCCUCCUACCAUAAGAUGCUGGGAGAGGUCCAUUGCGGCACCAAUGUCCAUCGCAAGCCCUUCUCCUUCAAGUGGUGGCAUGUGAUUCCCUAGCCGCCAAGCAGGGUGAGAUUCCUGCAGUCGAAGCUCACUUGGACAUGGCUUUUUUUGUUGGUUGGUUGUUUGCUUGAGGUUGGUCAAGUUAAUCGCUAGAACUUUGGUAUAGAGUCUCGGUGCCUUGCUUUGGUGGUUGUGUGUGUGUGAUGUGUUUCACCCAUUGGGUGGGAAGGUCCUCCAGCCACACGCCAUUCUAGUUUGCAUGCUGCAGGUCCCAGCCCAUUCCAUCCUUGGUUUUUUCAAGCCCUUGGAGGUUAUGGCAGCUGGAGGUUGAACUGAUCAGGGGCAUUAUACCAAAAAAAUAUUUAUAGAAACUAUGGUAGCAAAAGCCAUCUUCUGCUGAGUUCUGAUGGAAAUGAUUUGUAAUCAUGAUAAUAAAAUGGAAAAAGUGUGGAAA